UGAUUGAUUUACAAUGAUACAACAAGGAACUUGCAUCACUCUUUGUAUAUAAUUUUAUAAUAACUCAAAAACAAAACCGGCAUAUACACAUUUGUGCACUGCAUACAAAAACAAAAACAAUGAUGUCGAUGUCCAGAAGAUUUAUUAGUUUUAUAAAUGGGACUCCAUCUUAACGGAGGUUUGGUCGCGCAACUACUACGUGAGCCUCACGUGACAAAGGCAUGACGUGACGCAAUCUGACGUGUUUGUUGAUGUUUGUCUGCGACUCUCUCGCUCGUUCUGGCGAAGAAACGAAACGAAAGACGAAUAAUAACAAAAGUUUUGCCAACAUUUUAUGGCCUUAGAAGACACGCAGGAUCCCUACAGCGCAGUUUAUGUUCUAGUCCGCCGGACUUUCCAGAGAAAGAGGAAGCUGGAGCCCAUUUCUCCUGGCUAACGGCAGCUAGCAGCAGGCUAGCUAGCUCAGCUCACAACAAACCGUGUCGGUGAGCGCGAGCGAUGACGAUCUUGCCGGAGAAGAAGCCGCCCGCCGCCGCCGGUGCGACCGACCGCGCGGACGACCCGGACGGACGCGGCGGCCCCGACCACCAGCACGGUCACCACCACCCGCACCCGCACCCGCAUCCGCAUCCGCUCGGCGGCCGGACCGCGUCGAGGCCCAGGGCGUCGAGGGACGACCGGCGGACUGAGGCGCCGUCCCGCGCGCAGCAGCCGUCGCCGCAGCAGCCCGCGGCGACGGGGGCCCCGGUCGGCGCGUGCGAAGGGAUCGCGAGCGCGGUCGUCGGGAGUCGCGGGGAGCUGCCGUGCGGGACGGGCGUCGGGGGCUGCUGCGGGGGGCCCGGUCUCAGCAAACGACGACGACAGACGGUGUGCCCCGGAACCACGGCGGGGGCAGCAGGGGGGGGUACUGCCCCGGACACCGAGGAAGGGACCGGAGGAAACAACAGCGAGGAUGAGUAUGAGAGCGCGUUGCGACUUCAGGCUGUGGACCCCGCCACGGUCGAGCAGCAAGAACAAUGGUUUGAAAAAGCUCUCACGGAAAAGAAAGGAUUUGUCAUCAAAAAGAUGAAGGAAGAUGGGGCUUGCCUCUUCCGAGCUGUUGCUGAUCAAGUAUAUGGGGACCAAGACAUGCAUGAUGUGGUACGGAAACACUGUAUGGAUUAUUUGGUGAAAAAUGCUGAUUACUUCUCCAGUUAUGUCACAGAGGAUUUCACCACAUAUAUAAACCGGAAGAGGAAGAGCAGUUGUCACGGCAACCACAUUGAGAUGCAGGCCAUGGCAGAGAUGUACAACCGGCCAGUGGAGGUUUACCAGUAUGGCAUCGAACCAAUCAACACAUUCCAUGGCAUCCAUCAGAAUAAUGAUGAGCCAAUCAGGGUCAGCUACCAUCGGAACAUUCAUUACAACUCAGUGGUGAACCCCAAUAAAGCCACUAUUGGGGUGGGGCUUGGUCUGCCCUCCUUCAAACCAGGGUACGCUGAUCAGUCUCUGAUGAAACACGCCAUCAAGACCUCAGAAGAGUCCUGGAUUGAACAGCAGAUGCUGGAGGACAAAAAGCGAGCCACAGACUGGGAGGCCACCAAUGAGGCCAUAGAGGAGCAGGUGGCUCGAGAAUCCUACCUACAGUGGCUUCAGGACCAAGAGAAACAAGGCAGACAGCCACGCAAGGCAAGUGCGACCUGCAGCUCCGCUACUGCUGCUACGUCCAGUGGCCUGGAGGACUGGAGCUGCCGCUCUCCUCGCCAGCGGAGCUCCGCUUCCUCUCCAGAACCCCCAGGGCCAGCACCUCUAGAAGCCCCAGCCAAGCCGCCGUCUCCUGCAGGAGCCACACUGAUGCUCCCCAAGCCUCCGUCACCGUGCGCUCCAGGUCCUAGCAGCCAGACGUUUGUUGCACAGGAUCGAUCUCCUCCGUCUUCUCUGGUGUCCCUCUACCCAAGCCUCGGAUAUCGAACUAUAAUGCAAGAAAUCUCACCCACUGCCUUUGGUCUAACCGACUGGGAAGACGACGAAAUUUUGGCUUCUGUAUUGGCUGUUUCACAACAAGAAUACCUCGACAGUAUGAAGACCAACGCAACACACAGAGAAUCCUCUCCUGACAGCAGUUGAUACAAAGGACUGCAGAAGAAAUUGUGGAAGAAACAGGAACCUGUUUCUAGCUUUAUCUACCUGAUCUGACACACAAUAUAAAUUCCUUCUCUCUUUUCGCUCCUCUUGGUCUGACCACUAUAUUCUGUAAUCGCCUGUUUCUCCCCAGCCCCUCUUCUUAUGUCAUUAAACCUCAUGGACCUAGUUAGGUACACGCUGAAAUAAACAUCAUCAAAAUACAGUUUAAACAUCCUUGGACUUGCUCACUGCUAUCAUGUUUUUGACUUUUAGUAAAAGUAGACUCCUAUUUUCUCAGAAUAAAGUUAAAUGUUCUAAGUGCUUUUAACUGUUAUGUAUCGAUGGAGCAUUAGUACAAUGCAGUCCUCAUCACUUGGGUGAAUUUUUUUUGCUGAAUAUUUUCUUUGAAAAGGGUGAAGUCGGCGAUGUUUUCCAAUAUCUGUUUACCUGAGGCCAGGUUGGAUUUGCAAAUUAAAUUUCACCGGUUGUGGUAGACUGACAA